AACAUAAAUUUAUUUAAGGUGUAAGGCAGCGAUUUGCUGCAAAUAUCUGAACCAAAACCACGCGUUAUACGAUUCUAAAAAUUAAUAUACACAAUAAUUAUAAAUUUGACGGAUAUUUCUAAAAUAUGUUAAUCGUGUAGCAUAUGUCGAUACAAAUUCUUAAACUGGCAUGUGGCGUCAUCUACUAUACUUUCCCGCAAACUUGUCUGCAUUCCGAGUAUGUCGGAUAGGUCAAUGCACUUGCACUAUUGCUCGCACGUUAAGUGACAAGAACUUUGAUAAAAUUUGAAAUCAAGAAAACCUCGAUCUGUCUGUUUCGUUAAAUGUAUAUUAACAGAUAAGAAGUUCAUGUCGGUGCAACUUAGUUGUUUGCGCACAACGAUCGGUAAGCGCGUUCAUAAAUGUUUGCAACACGAUUGUAAAAGAUCAACAUAACCUCUCUCUCUUAUUUAUUUUUUCGUCCGCAAUUCUGCACUUUUUACUAUAUCGAAGAUAAUUUUCGGCUCGACUUGCAAUGCAACGUUUUUCGCACGAUGAACGGGCGUCUAAAGAAUUUUAUCGAGCAACUAGCUUAGCAAAGAACUUUGUUUAACAAAGAAUUUUGUACUGUCAGUCGCGUCACGAUCAUGCAUCCGGAUACAAAACCAGGAAUCUAAUGUCGAUUGAGAUCACGAAAGUGGAUCGCAAAAAGUGGAAAGGAUGCCUAGUUGUGGCGGCCUGUUCAGAAUCAUUAGACGGCGCCUUGUACUUGGGUUGAUCUUCGCUUUGUCGCUAACCUACUGCGCCUUUUCGCUGUUUCGCAAUGAGAAAAAAACAUUAGCUUUAGAUACAGAUCUUGAUGAUAUGGAUGCCAUGAUGAUUAACGAUAAUAAUGAUGACUUAAUAUCAGAUGAUGAUGCAUUAUCUGAACAAUUAAGAGCAUCUGGCAAACCACCUUUGUGGCAGGUCGAUCAAGGGACAAACGAUAAUGCAUUAAACAUGGAAGCAAUACCCAAUUUAAACGAUACAGACACAGUGGUUCGUCCUUGUCGCAAUUCUGUGCAGGGAAAAGCUCUAAUAGUAGACGAGCGGGGUAUUGUAUGCGCUAGACAAGAUAUUUUGCCAAAUGGCUGUUGUAAUAUAGAACAAAAGGAUCCUACGAAAAAUGAAGAGCCGCCGUCAAUUUACAAGAGAGAGAGGUAUAGUUGUAAGACAUGUAAUGUCCAAGGGUGCUGUGCGAUCUACGAGUAUUGCGUUUCCUGCUGCCUACAUCCUGGCAAGCAAAUGAAGGGAAGGAAGGACGUGCUGAUAGGUUUACUUAGAGACAACAAUAAGGUGCAUAAAGAUCAGGAUGUGGUGAAGAAACGUCUCCGAAAUCUAGACCGCUUUCAAGUUUGCCUGGCUGCGUGUCGUACCUCCAGCGCGAGUGUCCGCCAUGAGAACACUUACAAAGACCCACAUUCAAAACAUUGUUAUACUCUCCAACCGCCGUAUUCUCAUCAGAGGCAUCGCCGUGACGUUAAUACGUUCAAUAAUAAUGGCGACAACCCCGUUGUCGUUACAUCUUUUUCUGUCAUGCCGUUACUUACCCUUCUCUCUCCUUUCUGCGUAAAUAUACAUCCAAACAACGACUCGCAACCGUCAUCGUGCAACUACCAUGCCGUAAUGUCGCUAAACUAUUAUUCUCACGUACAACCACCUUGA